AAGUCUCACUCUCGAGUCUGCAACACCACCACCACGAAAUGGGGGCUCUCACUCUCAGGCUCCCCUCCCUCACUUCUCUCUCGCUUCCACGCUAUCACUUCUGCCGCCAGCUGUGUACCCCUCUCCGUUCCGUCUCCGCAGCAAAAUUUUCCGUACAAAGCAGCACCGUUGAGAAGGAGAUCGCCGCAACUACUCCUGAAAUCGAAUCUGCCUCGCACAAGCCGAGGCUGCAGCCCGAGAAGGAUCGAGUUAUCACUCCUCGAUCGCAGGACUUCAACGCCUGGUACUUGGACAUCAUCGCCAACGCGGAGCUAGCUGAUUAUGGCCCCGUUCGCGGAACCAUGGUUAUUCGUCCCUACGGCUACGCAAUUUGGGAAGCAAUUCAGGAUUAUUUGAAUGUGAAGUUUAAGGAGACUGGUCAUAGUAAUAUGUAUUUCCCUCAGUUUAUCCCAUACUCAUUCCUUGAGAAAGAAGCUAGCCAUGUUGAAGGCUUUAGUCCAGAAUUAGCUCUAGUCACAGUUGGAGGAGGAAAGGAGCUUGAAGAAAAGCUUGUGGUUCGACCCACAAGUGAAACAAUUGUCAACCACAUGUUCACUCAGUGGAUUCAUAGUUACCGCGAUCUUCCACUAAUGAUCAACCAGUGGGCAAAUGUGACAAGAUGGGAAAUGCGCACUAAACCAUUUGUGAGAACUCUGGAAUUCCUCUGGCAGGAAGGUCACACAGCUCAUGCCAGUCCCGAGGAGGCAGAAGCGGAGGCAAUGCAGAUGAUUGAUGUGUACACAAAAUUUGCCUAUGAGCAAGCUGCAAUACCUGUUGUUGUGGGUCGUAAAUCAAAGGUGGAGACCUUUGCCGGUGCUUCAAAGACCUAUACCAUUGAAGCAAUGAUGGGUGAUCGAAAAGCUUUGCAAGCCGGAACUAGCCACAACCUUGGGCAGAAUUUUUCACGUGCAUUUGGGACACAGUUCAUGGAUGAAAAUGGCGAAAGGCAGCAUGUGUGGCAAACUUCAUGGGCAAUUAGCACCAGGUUUAUUGGCGGUAUUAUCAUGACACAUGGCGAUGAUGCAGGAUUGAUGCUUCCCCCGAAACUAGCCCCAAUACAGGUUGUAGUAGUUCCAAUAUGGAAGAAGGCUGACGAAAAGGCUGGAGUUCUUGAUGCUGCCUCAUCUGUGAAGGAAACUCUUCAAGCUGCAGGAAUCAAGGUUAAACUUGACGAUGAUGAACAGAGAACACCAGGUUGGAAGUUCAACUUCUGGGAAAUGAAGGGUGUACCAUUGAGGAUCGAAAUUGGGCCUCGAGAUGUUUCAAAUGGGAGUGUCGUUGUUUGUAGAAGAGAUAUUCCUGGGAAACAAGGGAAAGUUUUUGGUAUAUCAAUGGAAUCGUCUACCUUGGUGGCUUAUGUGAAAGGCAAGCUGGAUGAGGUUCAGUCAUCUCUUCUCGAAAGUGCAAAAUCAUUCCGAGAUAGCAACAUCGUUGAUGUGAGCUCCUACAGUGAGCUUAAAGAGGCAAUUGCUCAAGGCAAAUGGGCAAGAGGUCCUUGGUCAGCCAGUGACAGUGAGGAGCUGAAGGUGAAAGAAGAAACAGGGGCAACCAUUCGAUGUUUUCCCUUUGAACAGCCGGAAGGGGCAAAGAAAUGCUUGAUGACGGGAAAUCCAGCAGAAGAAGUUGCAAUUUUCGCUAAAUCUUACUAAUAAUCUCAGAGUCAAAAUUGCCCGUUCUGGUCUUAUGUUUCCUUCAGAUCAUCAUCUUGUUUCUGUAGCUGACAUGCUCAAGAAUCUCCAGCAUUGCCAUCUUCGUCAAAUUGGAAUCUUAUAUUUUCAAUAUAGUUUUAGAUUAUACAGCUAGAUUAUGUCUUUGUUGUCAACUAAGUGAAGCUUCAGAUAUUAAAUUUGCUGAUUUACUCUAUUUUAUUGAUUUUGGAGAAUAUUGGUGCUGAUGCAA